AUGGGGGGUCUUAGCUUGACUGGUCCUAGCCCCCGGGUCAAGUGCAGCCUCCCUGGUUGUAAGAGGCUGUUCCAAACGGCGGCUGCUAUGGAGGAUCACCGGUGGGCUUCUCACAAUCUGCCAAUCGGGGGAAAAGCGAGCUGCGGCUUCCCUGGGUGUAACGCCUGGUUUGACACCAAGGAACAGCUGAAGCAGCACGGGGAAGAUAUGCACCCCGAGGCGCCCAAGCCGUGGGUGUGUCAGGAGUGCGGUGAUCUGUACAGGACGGAAGCGGGGCUGGAUAGCCAUUGCGUGGUGAUGCACUCAGUGUCGCGAAUCCCUUCCACAAAGCGCCACGAGAUCGAGACGGCCUUCCUCCGAGCCUGGGCAAAAACGGAGACAGCUCCGAGGAGGGUGCAUGAAGUCCUUGCCAUCAGCACGUCCCAACUGGCACAGACUUUGCACAACGAUUACGCCGAGCAAGUGCGGAAACAGGCGGGCGGAAGUCACCAGGACGUCCGGUGCCUCCAAGACGGAAACGUCCGCAUCCGCUUCCACGGCUCAGGGAUGAAAUGCUCGCUUGGGCUCCACGGGAACACGAGCCUCUGCCCCGAGCCCGACUGCGGGGUUUGCGGCAUCCUGCGCAGCGGGUUCCGCUCCAAAAAGAUCCGGACGGACGCCUUCCAGAGGUUCGGCACGGGCUUCUACCUGACGUCAGCGUCCGGCAAAGCGAAUGACUACGCAUGGGCAGACGAUCAUACUAUGGGCCGGCACGGACUGCGGGCCAUGCUCGUUUGUCAGGUGGUCGCCGGCCGCGUUUACCGGACGGUUAACAACGAGCCGCUGCUAAUGAGGCCCCCGGAUCAGUACGACUCGGUGGUAGGAGAAGUGGGCCCGGUUCUCAACUACGACGAAAUAGUGGUGUACAACAAGCGGGCUAUUCUGCCGCUCUACUUGGUGAUUUACAGCGCAUAG